AUGCUGGGACACGCACCUAAACUGAAAAGUAUAGAUCUGUCUUUUAAUAACUUAUGGACUAUAAACAUGAAAUUAUUUAACGAUAACAACAUUAUGCACUGUAAUAUGUCCAAUAACCUUUUCAGGACAAUUCCCAGUAGUGUAUCUAAACUCCGUUACCUAGAAUCGUUAGAUCUGUCAAAUAAUUUGAUAACAUCUUUAGAUUAUACUAUACGAAAAUGGUUCGAUGAGAUUAUUGUGACAAGUCAGAAUUUUAGUUUAAACUUGAAUAACAAUGCUUUGAUUUGUUCAUGCGAUACUGUUGAGUUUCUUUUAUGGCUUACAAAAACAGAAGUAUCAUUUGUUAAUGGAAACAAUUACACUUGUACAAUGUCAAACAAUUCGCAAGUGAAUCUUAUUGAAGUCACCAAAGAUAUCAAUAGGUAUUUCGCUGAAUGCAAAGCUAACUUGUGGCUUAGGAUUGGAAUACUAUUAGUUUCGUGUACUUUUGGUAUAUCAAUACCACUUUCAAUUUUAUAUUAUUACAGAUGGAAACUUAUUCUGUUUUUGUUUAGAAAAUUUAGACGAGCCGUCGAGAGAGGGUUACAUGUAAAUUAUGAAUAUGAUGUAUAUAUUUCCUACGAAGAAAGAAGCAUAUCAUGGAUAAAAAAGCAUCUCCUUCCAAAAGUUGAAACAGAAUGGGGACUCAAAACAUUCGUACAUGACCGUGACCUUAUUCCUGGAGAACUCACGUCAGAUUCUAAAGCACUUUCAAUUCAUCAAAGUAGACAUGUUAUUUUUGUAAUUACAGAACGUUUUGGUGAAUAUGAGUGGGGAAAAUUUGAUAUCGAAAGAGCCAAAUAUGAGAAAUACACACAAAAUCUUAUGAAAAUUAUAGCUAUUUUACAAAAUGUGCACGUCAAUGAUAUCCCAGAACAACUCGUGGACAUAUCAAAUGAUGUUAUCUUCAUUAAUUGGCAUGAACAUGAAACUAAAAUUUCAGAAAAUCAGACUAGAUGGUUCAAAUUAAAGACAUUGCUUUUUCUUAAUUAGAAAAAUGGAUUAAGAAAAAUAUGAACAACUUCAUAGGAAAAUGUGAUGAAAUAUGUUAAAAACAUUUUAUUUACCCUUUAUACAUGUUUUUUUUUUCUUUUAUACAUUCGGUUAAAGUAGAUAUAGACUCAAAUAGCCGAUUAUGUUCAUGCAUUGUUUUGGUAGAAAUUUAAAAAGAAUGGGUAUAAUUAAAAUUCGAAGACAUAUAAAAAACAAACAUGCCCAUCAGCAGCAGCAACAACAUCAUCAGCAGCAGCAAAUCCCGCCUCUAAAGGAGGAUUUUGAUUUUCCUCAGUAGCAGCAGCCACAAUAUCAGUAGCAGUUCCGUCCUCUAAAAGAGGAAUACGAAUUUUCUGGGUGGUAGCAGCAGCACAUCCCGAAUCUAAAAGAAGAAUACGAAUUUUCUGGGUGGCAGCAGCAGCAGCAGCCUCAACAGUAGCAGCAGGACCUUCCGCUAUCUCUAUACAACAGACCUAUAGACGUGUUACUCAACAAGGCAGUCCAUAUAUGUUCCAAUAUCAUUAUAUGCAUAUUAAUUUUUUUGAACAUUAGAUCAAACCUCAAUUUUGUGAUUAUGAAAACUCAAUACAGUUGAAGAGCUGUAUGACCAAAAACAAAAAAAGGACUUCAAAAUAAUUGCCGAAUCCAUCUAUGGACAACUUUGCUUGAGGGAGUUGAAAAUGAGUUUUUUUUUUCUUAAUUUAUAAUUGGACAAUUUUAGAAAGGUAUGUUUUUCAUCAUUUCUGUACCGACAUAAUUCAUACACAAAAAAUAUCUACAUAUGUGUGUCUACCAUAAUUGACUGUUUUGUGAAAAAUUGUCUUUAAUUAAAAAGUUUACAAAUAUCUC